CAUUUCCUAAUUUUUAUAGAAUUUCUAUAGUCUCACAAAAUGUUUUGUGGAAUAUAACAAAUAAAUUUCGUAAUUUUUGUAUAAAAAUAUAUUAAAGAUACUUAAAACGUACGAAAAGCUGAUAUAUCUGUUCACGUUCCUGGACGAAUUCACGAUGAUAACUCAAGGAUCGUUAAUCCAAUAUCCAACUCGCCGCCAGAGGAGAUGCACCCAGCGUCUCUUAGACCAUCAGCAGGAGCACCACCAUCAGCAGCAGCACCACCAGCAGCAGGACAUGAUCUACAGCCAGGCCUUGGUGCCGUGGUGGUUCGACCACCGCCUCAGUACUUCCUGGGGGCACCGCUCAGGAGUACAAAGACCCGUUAUGACCAUCGAGGAGUACCGAAUGCGCAGCGCCAACAGCCGCGUAUACCAGGUGGUGGAGCCCAACAUGUGGAAUCUGCUUCCGGAGGUGAAUGUCCCACGGAUGUUGCCCCGACGGCGCAGCGUCCACACUCUGUCACGCUUGGGAGAGCCCGACCGUAUCACCCAGCCAAUGUUCUAUUUGGCCCUGGACGAACUACAGGAACUGCGCCAGCUGCACGGUCAGUGGGAUGCCAUAGCCAGUACCUCGCAGUUCGUGGCCGAGUAUUUGGCGAAGAACAUGACCAUCGGGCUCUUUCACGCCGGGAACGGACCGCGCUACGGUCCUGCACCACACUUCCCCGAUGCUUUCGCCGAAGAUCCCAAUGACCCCAUGAUCCCAUGAUCUCAUGACCGCAAUUUCCGCAUUUCCUGCAACCAAUUUUAAAUCGAAUAACUAAAUCAUGUAUACCCGAAUAUCUUUUAUUAAAAUUUGUUGUAUUCACUGUGUAUCCAUUAA